AGGGGCUGGUGUGGCCGUGGGCCUGUUCUGGGGAGGGGGCGGCCUGGGGCCUGUUCCGGGCCGGUGGCCGUACCCUCUCGGCCCCGCUUUCCCCAGCAAGGCGGCGGCAGCAGCAGCAGCAGCAGCCCAGUGCCGGCCGGGCCGGGGGGGAAGCCGCUCUCCGGCGGGGGGGGACGGACACGGGGUUCUUGCAGCUCCGGUGCCCGGGGUGCGCUCCCGCCGCCGGCUUCGCUACCUCCGACUCUGCCGCGGCCUUUCCGAGGAGGUGCCGCCCUCCUCCCCUUGGGGCCCGGGGCGCGGCCGGUGUGACCGUGCCCCGCACGGCAGCCGCCAUCGGCAGCCGGCCAUAGAGCGCUCCUUCCCUGCCCGCCCCCGCCGGCUUCGGGGAUUUCGAGGCCUCAGCGUGAAGCAGCGGCUUUAGGCAGGCCACUACCCGUCUGCGUGGGAUGAGCUGGCUGCUGCCCUGCGCCGUGCUCACAGUCAUGGGACUGCUCUUCGCCAGGACCAUGGCCUGGACUUCCAGCGGGAAGACGCACCCUGAGCUAGUCAACAACCUCUACAAAAAAGGGAUAAUUAAAUCCCAGCAAGUCUUUGAUGUGCUCUUGGCUACUGACAGAGGUCACUACAUCAAAUAUUUCCCGUACAUGGAUUCUCCUCAAUCUAUCGGAUACAAGGCUACAAUCAGCGCACCGCACAUGCAUGCCCAUGCACUGGAACUGCUGAAGGAUCGGCUCGUGGAAGGUGGGAAAGCGCUGGAUGUUGGAUCGGGAAGUGGAUAUCUGACAGCUUGCUUUGCCAGGAUGAUGGGCCCAACAGGGAAAGCCGUGGGCGUAGAGCACAUUAAAGAGCUGGUACAUGAAUCCAUCAGAAACGUCCAAGAAGAUGAUCCAACUUUGCUGAGCUCUGGCCGUGUAAAGCUUGUGGUUGGAGAUGGCAGGCAGGGGUACCCCGAAGAGGCUCCUUAUGAUGCCAUUCACGUCGGAGCGGCGGCAGCAACUGUACCAAAGGAGUUGCUGAAUGAACUGAAGCCCGGAGGUCGGUUAAUACUGCCUGUUGGUCCCGAAGGCGCAAACCAAGUUCUGAUGCAGUACGACAAAACCAGCGACGGGCAGAUCAUCGAAACACAACUGAUGGGCGUGAUCUACGUUCCUCUGACAGAUAAGGAAAAGCAGUGGCCUCGGGAUGAAUUCUGACAUGGAUGGAUAUCUCUAAAGUGACCUCAGAAAGCUCAGGAGUGGGACUUGUGACUGUAGAUGGUCUGUACGGUUUCGCUUUGAGCUCUAACUCUUGCGAAGGCAAGUUCUGCUUUAGCAGGGCUGGUUACGGAGGGAAGGAGAAACCGAAGGGGUGUUUCUCCAGCAGCAGGAGCGGGGGGAGGCUCUCAGAGGCCAUGCCUGCUUCCAGAGGGAGGAUCCAGGUAACACCAGCCGUCUGAUAAGCUGUAGGUAACAUCUGUGCACAGAGGGUUCCAAAAGCAGACAGGAAUACUUAAACCUUCACUAAAAAUACUCUGUAAUAUGGACUACUCUGCCUAACGCUUGAAGAAAAUAGGACGCAAUUACUCUUUCAGAGCAGCGAUCUACCCUGAUUUGUCAAAGUUUACUUAUGAGAGCAUGUUGUCUGCCUGUCUUGCAUCAACUAAUUUAACCUCUGGUUGCAACACUGAGAAUUUUGAGGUUUAAGAAAAA